UCCGCCCUCCGAGUCCAGCCCGUAUGAUUCCCACACAGCGGAGCCACUGACCCCGCCAACGCCGCCAACACCGACCCCGCUGGAUUCUUACCCUGCUGGAAUUCAACUCCGACGCGCAAAUCUGUGGUUCCAAUUUUUUAAUAUCGCAAACUGAGUCCUGCAAAACAUGAUGGAGCUGAGGGACGACCGGCGAUUCCACAAUCUAACCCAAGAGCAAGUGGAGACACUGGAUCAGGUUCUCACGGAGGUCAUUCCUAUUCACGGAAGGGGCAACUUCCCCACCCUGGAGAUCAAGCCUAAAGACAUCAUCCAUGUCGUCAGAGAGAGGCUGGUUUCCAAAAGCAUCAAGGUGAGGGACGUCCGUCUCAAUGGCUCCACGGCAAGUCACGUACUGGUCAAAGAGAAUGGGACAAGCUAUAAGGAUUUGGACAUUAUCUUUGGUGUGGAGCUUCCUAAACAGGAAGACUUUCAGAUAAUAAAGGAAGUUGUUCUGGGCUGCCUGCUGGACUUUCUGCCACAAGGAGUCAACAAGGACAAAAUCACAGCUCUCACUAUGAAAGAAGCUUAUGUGCAGAAAAUGGUCAAAGUCUUCACUGAGCAUGACCGCUGGAGCCUCAUCUCACUCUCCAACAACAGUGGCAAAAACGUGGAGCUCAAGUUUGUCAGCUCUCUGCGGCGACAGUUUGAAUUCAGCGUGGACUCCUUCCAGAUCAUCCUGGAUACUAUGUUGGAGUCCUACCUUGAGGCUGAGAGAAGAGAGGCAGCGCAACGCAAGGAGAAGGAACAUGUCACAGUGGUGGCGGAAAGCAUGUAUGGAGAUUUUGAGCAAGCCAUGGACCACUUGCGCUACAGGCUAAUUGCAACACGCAAUCCCGAGGAGAUCCGAGGGGGUGGCUUGCUCAAGUACAGCAACCUAUUGGUUCGGGACUUCAAGCCUGCCAGUGAGACUGAAAUUAAAACAUUAGAACGCUACAUGUGCUCCCGUUUUUUCAUUGACUUUCCAGACGUGAACGAGCAGCAAAGGAAGAUUGAGUCUUAUCUGCGCAACCACUUCAUCGGCGAAGAGAAGAGCAAGUACGAUUACUUGAUGACGUUGCGGCGGGUGGUCAAUGAGAGCACCGUGUGCCUGAUGGGCCAUGAGCGGCGACAGACUCUCAACAUGAUUACCAUCCUUGCUCUGAAGGUCCUGGGGGAGCAGAACAUCAUCCCCAACACCAACAACGUCACCUGCUACUACCAGCCUGCUCCGUACAUGGCCGACCACAACUUCAGCAACUAUUAUAUUGCCAACGGACAGUCCCCCCUUAUAUAUCACCCCUAUCCUCUACACAUACACAUGCAGACUGGACUGGUUUAGCACUGAACCUGAUCUAUACAUGGGAAGCUGCCACUGGGCAGAACCAUAACCUCCUGCAAGUUAAAACGGCCACCACAAAUAAUAAAAUCCUCAGCAUGAGAAAGUCCCAGCACUUAAUUGGACAAAAUCCCAGCUUGAGUGCUUUAAACUUAGAAAAAGGGAAAUCAUGUACAUAAAUCAGGGACUGACAGUGGUUCUGGCUGCCAAUAGACUCACUCUGCAAAUCCUGGGGACCAUAUCUGUUCCUGGAUUCAUAGUCAGCUUUUGUUGGGAUCAGCACAGUCAAUGAUAAUUGGGAAUUGAACACACGAAAACAGUUAAAGACUAUUGCACUAGCAAAAUCCACAGCUACCAGUGAGAGUGCCUGGCACAUUGAAAACAUAAGGGUAGAAAAAAGAGAACACAGUGAAAGGGAUGUUUGGAGAAAAUGGUAAUUAACUACAGAAUCUUCUUUUACUUCGGCCAUGUAAGAUGUUUAAAAUGUAAAAUAUACGCUGAACUUGGGAUUGCUAAUUUGGCCAGUUCUACAAUUCUCUUAUCAGGGGACCAUAGUAAAUAUUUUAGCAUCAAUUUAUUUUUGGAGUAUCUUGCUUGUAAUGCUGUAGAGUCAUGAAAGACGUGCAUUAAAUUGCAUUGCCAAAAAAAAAAACAAAAAAAACAAACAAAAACAAAAUUAGAUAAAGAAUGUGCCAAUUUUUACACAUUUCUCUCUGCACUACAGUGCCAAAACUGUGCAUGGAAAGUAGUCAUGGUGUA